AUGAAUUUAGACAUAAACUUUAAAAAAAAAAAUGAUUUAGGAGAGAAAAAAGUUAUUGAAAUUAAUAAUAUAAAUAGAAUUAUUUUAGAUAUAUUAUGCACAGAAGCUAUAAGGAAAAUUAAAUUUAUUUUGCAUAUAUUAAAAGAAUUAUUAAAAAAAAAAACGAACAUUUUACAUGUAUAUAUAAGUAAUAACAUUGAUCAUUUGUCAACCGAAAACAAAAGAAAGCAAAUAUUUAAUUCAUUACAAGAUCAAAUUGAAUUAUGUGAAAAUGAAACUCAUUAUAAUCUAAUAAAAAAAAAAAUUGAAAAAUAUAUUGAUUCCUUAAGUGAAACAAAUGAAAUAUUAUGUCAAAACUCACCUACUGAUAGAAAUAUAAAAGAAAAUAGAAAUAAAGUAAUUGAAGAUGGUACCCUCCUUCUAAAUAUAUUUAGAAAAAUAAAAAAAUUAGAUUUCUCAUCCGUUUCAGAUGAAUUGAAUAUGUUUAAAGAUGAGCAGAAUUUACUUCUUAAUUUAAAACAAAGUGUCUAUCAUAAAAAACAGAUAAUCAAUAUUUUAAACGAACAAAUAAAAGAACAAAUAGAAAAUACCAAAAAAAAAAAGGAAAAAAUUGAAGAAAAAAUUGAGCAAAUAGAGAAAAGAAAAAAAAUUUUUUUUGUAAAAUCUAUGCUUUAUUAUAUUUAUAAAGAGGAAUAUGUUAAUGCAAAAGUGUCAAAUUAUAAUAUGAAUAUAAAUCUGAAGUAUGAUUCAACUAAAAAAUCAAAGGAAACAAUGGAAGAAGAUUUAAAAUCUUAUGAGAGUAUUAAUGAUUAUAUUAAGAUGUUUUUAAAUAAAAGAAAUGAUCAUCUACAAAAUAUCCAUGAUGAAUUAGUUGAUUAUUACGAAAAAGAAAAAAUUAAAAAGAAUAAAGAAUUAGAAGAAAUAAAUAAUGAAAUUUAUAAUACUAUUAAAAGCAUAGAAUCAAAAAAGAAUAAAAUAAUUCAAUAUGAAGAAGUAAACAAAUUACAUGAAACAGAGGAAAAAACAAAAAUGAAAAAAGAAAUUGAAAAAAAAGAAUUUUUAAAACAAUAUAAUGAAUCAAUAUUAUUUCUACAACAUAUAGGAAGAAAUAAAAUAAAAGAUUAUGAAGAAAAAAAGAAAAAAUUAAAAAAAAAGACAAAAAAAAAAAAAUAA